GUUCGAGAGGUGAACGACACCAACUAGAAUGCCAAAGAUAAAGAAGAUAAGACACCACAAGAAGUAUAAGGUCCGGUGAAGUGCGAAAGAGAUGAGAAUAGAGUAACGAAUCAUGCUCGAGGAAGGGAGCAGAGAUUUGUCGAAGCGAGCGUACUGUAAGAAUGAGAUAGAAUUUUCGGAAGAUACGAAAUGCUGUUUCACUUCAAGAAGGGGUGUUGACGACUCGAGACUGUUCUGUUGUCGUUGCGCUCACAAAAGGAGGGCAUCUCCUUUGACGUGUCUCGCGAUAUGCUUCUUAGUUCUCACGUACAACUUGCUGGGAGGUUUCUUGUUCCUGGCUCUAGAAGGGAACACUGGGUCGGAAGAGACAGCGGUCGCAGCAUCGAAGCCGAAUCUCAGUCAGUCGCAAACUACUAGUGGUGAUUUGCGGUCGAAGACAGUUGAGAGGCUCUGGUCUAUCACGGAAGAUUUGAACAUCUUGUACAAGGAGAACUGGACGAAGCUGGCUGCUAAGGAGUUGAUGGACUUUCAGAAGGUUCUUAUCAAGACGAUCAAAGGCGGUGCGUCGUUGGAGAACCGAAUAUCUUACGACCACGAGGGCGACUACCGAUGGACGUUCUCAAGCAGCUUCUUAUACGCGCUGACGUUGAUCACUACGAUCGGUCAUGGCAACGUGGCGCCGCAGUCAUCGGUGGGCAAGCUGGUGGCGGUCACCUACGCCUGCGUCGGCAUCCCCAUCAUCAUGCUCUACCUGUCCACCAUCGGCGAGGCGCUGGCCAGGAACUUUCGCGUCCUCUACUCCAAGCUCUGCCCCUCCACCCUCAAGAGCGGAGACUUCCACGCCAAGGCGGACUGUCUCAACCGCUUCCCCGUCGAGUGCAAGCAAUUCAGUGACUGUGAUAAAAAAGACAAAUUCAGUGAUCGGCCCAAAAGAACUCCAUUCCAAGCUGCUCUCAACCUGGACAGCUUCAGCGGCGGCUACCAUUGGACGUGUCGGGACCAUACGCGAGUGCCAAUUAUUCUAAGUCUGUUCCUUAUCGUGUUGUACAUAGGGCUGGGAACUUUUGUGUUUAGGGCCACCGAGAAGUGGGGCUUCAUCGACGGCUGCUACUUCUCCUUCUCGAGUCUCGCGACGAUAGGUUUCGGGGAUCUCAAGCCUGGACUGUACGCCAGCACAGUGUCGGCUAAAGCUGAGGACAUUGCUGUGGGGGUGUGCUGCAUAUACAUUUUAGUGGGUAUAGUCGUUAUUGCGAUGUGCUUCAAUCUCAUCCAAGAGGACAUGAGCUCGGCACUGAGGAGUUUCACGGCAUUAUGUUCUGGUGGGACUAAGUCCCGCGCAGUACAUAGCGUGGAGAAGAUAUGCGACGAUAAGAUAUCAAUGUCCGUGGUGUCCUGACAUCGAGAGGCGGCCGACUCCGGGCCGUCUUUCACCACCUGUCAAGAGAAGCGUCAGCAAGUGACGUUCAAGAUUGACAGCUUAAAUCCGACAAAAUUCAACAGCCUCCCAAGGAGGAAGUCUUCGAACUGUGAGGAAGGUUUUCAGAGGAACACUCCUGUGCGUCGGUCGGCGGGACACGCCGAAAAGUGUAUAGAAUAUUUCGUGCCGCGUAGUUUGAGUGAGUUUAACCUAAGUGGUAUGGGGGACUUGUAUGAUUUGUCGUCUUUUGGGGAGAAGAAAGGGGAGAAGGCUCAAGGGAGCAAGGGGAGGGACAAGAUGGUGACGUUCGAGGACGACAGGCAGGGCAAAGCUCUUGCCGAUGACGUUUUUAUGUGACAACGACGCGCGGCACACGUAGUUAUAGGUUUGUUGGUAUGGACACGAUUUGU